AUGGAGCUCAGUCUGCUCUCUCUGAUGCUCUUGCUGAUCCACUGUGGAAAAACUCAAGAUGGUGAUGUGAUCCUGGACAUUCCUGUCCAUCCUGUGUCUGAGGGAGAUUCUCUGACUCUCCGCUGUUUAUUUCGCUCCACAAAGGCCUCAAACCUCACAGCUGAUUUCUAUAAAGAUGGAUCACUGCUCCAGAACCAGACGACAGGAGAGAUGAUCAUCCGUACUGUCUCAAAGUCAGAUGAAGGUCUCUACCACUGUAAACACCCAGAGAGAGGAGAGUCACCAAAGAGCUGGCUCUCAGUCAGAGUUUCACAGUCUGGAUCUAUUGGUUUCACACUAGUAGUGUCAGUGGGACUGAGUCUAACCUUGUUCCUCAUCAUCAUGCCUGGCCUGAUUUGCUGUUACAAGAAGAACAAAGCUCAAGCCAGUGAUGCAAUUUAUGCAGAGGUUAUGGCUACAAACAACAGCAAGUACACAGUUUACAGAGACGUCACGACUACAGACGACAGUGAGAACGCACUUUAUGAUGAGGUUAUGACUACAGACUACAAUGAAGCAGUGAUGAGACCAAAUGAUAUGAUGGGUUCCCAAAUUAAGAUGAGUAGCUUCGGACAUUAAUGAAAAGGUCUAUGAAGAAAACUGUGUUGUUUCAGAAAAGUAACUAUUACAGAAACUCCUGGUUGGGUUUUAAGGAGUGCAGGCAGACAAGGGUCUGAUCACAUUUAGACUGUCAGAAUCAUCUUUAAUAUCUGUAUAUUAAUAAAAAUCUCUCUGCCAGUGUUUUAUAUUGAUGACGUGAAAAGAGUCACUUUUUCUCAUUUAUUGAUCGCUGCACUUUCCUAAAACUGACUCUGAGUUUAGAACUCCGACAUUCUGAACUUUCAUUAUUUAGCACAUUGAUUUAAUGCAUAGUUACAAAAUCUGUAAAAAAGGUUUAUCAAACAAAAUCUAACAAUGUGCCAUCAGUAUACACCUCUGUCUCUUUCAGUGGUCCUUUAUCUGCUAUCCAGUAGCAUCUUAUCUAUUUUUUCAUAAUUUAUAGCUCAGUAGUUAUUAUUUUGCAGGACAUGCUACAUCGCAAUCUUUUGUUGUUGACAUUUUAAUCUGUGUACACUGUGUAUUUUGUAUAUAUGUACAUCUAUAUUGCUGUUACUCAUAUCUCCACAAUGGUAACUUUA